GGUCGUGGAGGUUACCAUAGCUACCAGGCACACACCAGUUAGGCCUUCCUAGCAGAUCGCCCGCUGGCCUGAGGAAAGCAGCAGCAUCAUGAACCAUAUAGUGACCAUCAGGGAUGCUCAGGCCAACCUGCGGGUGUCUCAACCACGAUGCAGGGAGAAGGCAGGGGCUGGGAGCCACUUCUGCUCCAACCGGGUUUACGAUUAUCUCUACGAUCCAUUGUUUACUGUGUCAAGUAAGAAAGAACAUGCACAAGCAAAUAUCCAAGCCACUAUGCUUCGAAGUCGACUGAGGAAAAUUCCAAGGUUUAGAGCCAUGUUCAGCAGCCUGAACCAUUAUCCAAGUUAUUCUCUAUAUUUGAGCAAAUCAGAUCCUGUCCCACCAUUCAUCAGUCGGGAAUGGAAGGGACAUGAAGAAAAGCACAAAGAAGCCCUCUGGCGGCUUGCCGUAAUGCAUCCUUCUUUCCAGGUGCCGAAAGAAACAUAUGAGGAUCCUGAAGUUACUGGAAAGAAUCGCUUUAAAUACUUUGACAGGCCUUUCCUCCCAUUUUUUCAACAAACGUCAUUAAAUGUUGUUUUUGCAACAGACACGACAGAAGCGUAUGUUUUUUCUCCCACUUCUUCUAAGUACUUACCCAGCACUUCAAAGUAUACUGUGAGUACUCAGACCGACUACCGGGAUGCUGAUGUUCAGACUGAUCCAUACUCCCCAGAGUAUGUCGUGUGUCAGGACACAAUCCCUGAACUCUUGACCCUGGCUACUCUUUGUUGGGGUCGAGGUCUCCCAGCAGGCCAGGCUGAGGUGGAGAUGAUUGAACGAGCCCGCGAGAAGCGAGCAUGGGAAGCCACGCUCCCGGCACUCAGUGACACCUCCCAGUUUGAGAAGAGGAGGAAGAUGAUGAAUGCAAUGGAGAGGAAGGAGUGGGCCUUCAGAGAGCAGGAGAUUGAAAAAUUGCAGGAGAUUCGUCUGGAAGUUCUGAAAGAGCUGCUGAGGAAGCGUGAUGAGAAUCAGAAUGAGCUGAACAUGAAGCACUUGAAUGCCAAGUGGACUAAACUGCAGGAAGAAAAAGAGGCAAAAGUGGCACAGAUCCAGUGCAGACAUUUAUCAACAAUCAGAAAACUUGUAGAAAAAAGAAAGAAUGUAGAAGGGAAGUUUGAGAGAAGAAACAUCAUCAAGGAUUAUUCUGAUUAUGGAUCACAGGUCUACGGGCCUCUAUCUCGCCUCGGUCGUUUCCCAGACAACAACUCUGAGGACUUUGUGGUCAAGAACCACUAUCUCAACACCUAUGAAGGUUUAGUUGAGCUCGAGUCAUCUCUCCCAGAUUUUGUGACACAACCGAGAAUCAAAACUCCGAAGCCCAAAGUCCUCACCACCAAGUCUGGAGUUCUGAAGAGGGCAUCAAGGUUUGACCAAGAGUUGGCUGAAGUUCAUAAGGCACUGUUGGAUAAGAAGAAAAAAGUUCUUGAAGAUACGAAACCUCUGCGCUUCCUUCACAGAAAAUCAGUACCUCAAACUCGGCUUCCAACUCCAACCUUGGAGAUGAGUUCCAAUGAAGAAGAAGAGAUAGAAAUGGCUGUGAUCUACCUUCAGAAGUUGAUCCGGGGUCGAGUUGUUCAGAACAUGAUGUUUGAAGGGAAAGAGAAGCGACUGGAGUUGAUCCAGGAGUUGCGGACCAGUCACGCACUGCAAGAAGAUCAGAAGCUGGUGAAAAAAGCUGAGAAGCAGGUGUCCCUGGCCUUACAGCGACAGAGGAACUUGCAUGAGAACAAGGUAUCACUACUAGAAAACCAUUUGGCCGGCCUGGAAGGAAAGGCGCUGGCAGACAUGUUUGACUUCCUGUCCAAAGAGCUGGUGAGACUGCAGGAGGAGAGGAGGAUCCACGCCUUUGCCAUGCUCGCCGAGCGCCAACGGAGGAUGCGAGAGGCAGAGGAGAGCGGCCGGCGCCAGGCGGAGCAAAGGCGCCUGCGUGAGGAGGACAAGAUCUUUAAGGAGGUUAUUAAAGUUCAUCAAAGUACUGUAUCCUCCUAUUUGGAAGAGAUAAUACUGAAUACUGAAGAAAGCACUGCAGAAGAACAUGCCAGGGCAGAAAUUGAAAAGAUGGUUGAGGAAAUCAAUGACAUUGCUUAUGAAAUGGAACACCGUCGAACUCAUCUUCAGUCAGAGGAAAUUGUUGCUGAGCUGGUUUACAGUUUUCUGAUUCCAGAGGUACAGAAAUACUUUAUUAAAGAAAAAGUGAGGAAUGCCCAGCGGAAACACAUCCUUGCAGCCCACCAGAUCAUCCACGGGCACACAGACGCCAUGCUGCAGCAGAGACUCACUGAGCAACAGCAGGAGCAAGAGCAAGAGUCACAACAAGAGCAAAAUGAGGACUCGAAUACUGCCGUGGUACCUGAGGAAGAAACCCCAGAUGAGCACAACAGCUAA